AUGGACAUGGACCUCUUGGCCGGUGGACAUGAGCUCGUCCCGGCCCAGCUGAAUCCCGCGCUGGCAGCUGGCCCACUGGAUCGACUCGAUGCAAUGCUCGCACCUACGCCGGAGUGGGCACGCCUGCGCGAGAUCCUGUCCAGUCGUCCUGCGUGGGUACAAGAUGCGGUCAGCAAUGCGCUGUGCGACGAGCUGUGGCGCAGCUGUCGAAACAUCGUGGAGCAAGUCCGGACAACCAGAGACAUCAUGGAGCAGAUGCAAGAGACCCUGAGCUCCGAUGAUGCGAUCGCCGUCGGCAACAUGUUGCGCGAGAUCCAUCCCUCGAGCAUUCGUGGUCUUGAGAGAGCUGCUGAUGAAGUUCAAGCGGACAUCCAUGCUCUGAGGGAUGACUUGCAGAGGGAGGAUUUCGAAACUAUGGAGAGCCGAGCCAGGCGUAUUUCUUUGAGGGCUACGAGAUUCAGAAACAGGUAUGCAGCCUUUCGGCCAAGCUUGGUUAGGCUGCAGCAAAAGCUCCAAGAGCUCGCUGCCCGCUGCGAGCAACAAGAGUCCAGGUCUGCAGAGCUGAUUGCCGAAACAGAGAGCAAGCGCGAGUGGUGGUGGCGACUUCUGACGGUGAUCAAUUGGGUCUUGGUGGGCGGCGGCGUGAUUAUGCUUGGCGGAGCAGCAGGCACUAUGUUUGUCGUUAAGCAAAUACUGAUGACCAAGGCAUCUGCUCUUGCAUCUGGACAAGCGGCUCUCACAGCCGCCAAAACGGCCGCAGCGGGCAAGGAUUCGAUCAUGUCCCUUUCAGCUGUCGUCAGUGUCGCAACACCCCUCGUUGUUCCGGCGGCUCUGGUGCUGGCACUGGGCCUGCUGGGUUUUGCAGGUCGUGAGCUCAUAAAGAGCCUUUUAGGACGACUCUGGGACGCAGAAAUACUACACCACCAAAGGACCAUGGAGUGGUCGAGGCAGAUGAAGCAAAAGCUGCGCGAGGCCAGCGAGAAGCUGUUGACAGUGAAGGAGAAGAGUGACGUCCUCACAGAGUGCUUGGACUUGGUUGUCGAGGCAGCAGACGCGAUCGGGGAUGCUGCGGAGGAUGCCCAAGUCAUGCCACCUGAGCCCAACAUGCUUGAGCAGAUCGAAAAGCUUUUGUCGGUGUAUGAAAACGUCCCUCCUGCGCUUCGGGACGUGCAUCAAGCAUCCCCCUUCCGAAACAACUCCCUGCAUCGAGUGGAGCUAGCGCCUCGUGCUCUUCUUCUCGUUGGAGCUGGCGCUGACGGCCUCGACUUACGGAGCGGCACAGCCGUGCGCCGGCUGCAGACCGCUAGCGAUGGCCUGGUGAAAGUGGAACUGCCCAGCGGCGACCACGCAUGGGUGAGCUCUGACCACCUCCAGCUGGAGGACGGGGGGGGGACGUCUUUAAGCGCAGCUUUCACUUUUGAACCCUCCCCUUUAAGCAGGGGUGAUCAUCAAGCCUUGCACGAGCUUGAAGCGGCAGCUCGGCAGCCUGCCAUGCCUGGGCAGGGGGAUGUUGACGGCCACAGCUUGGCGCUCGCUGACAGCGGCCAUUCGCUGCAGUCUCCACUCUCUACCGAUAUGUCCCCAACCGCCACGGCGCGUCAUGACUGUCUGCCUCGCAGCUCAGCCCUUCUCGUGACGGUGGAGUCGGCAGCGACCGCGGACAGGUUGCUGGUAGAGGGUCCCUCUGACUAUGUCGAGGUGCAAGUUCGCCCGCAAGGAUGUACUCGGAAGCGUAUGGUCACCUUCUGCUUGGGUGGACAAAUUCAUUGCUUCACGGCCGAUCAUCCUCUCCAGGUGAGGAGAUCAGGAUGUGCGAUCCAUGUGCAGGCGUGCAUGCUCAAAGUCGACGAUGUCAUCACCACUACCCACGGGCCACAGACACUGCAGUCGAAGCCCAAAAUCUACGAGAGCGUGGAGCAGGUCUACAACUUGCAAGUGUUCUCGGAUGCCGAGGUCUUCGUUUACCCUCGCAGCGGGGGUGAGGCAGUGGCCGUCUUGGGCAGCUUGGAAGACCUCUCGUCAGGCUCGUCGACGAGAUCCGUCUCCAGCCCUCCGGGGUUGGGGCAGGUCCCCUCAGAGGGGUCCCGGCUCUGCAAGGGAGGCACAUCCUGCACGAACGUUUGUAGAAAGUUUAUUCGCGGCACCUGCAGCGAGGGUUCGAACUGUCGCUUCUGCCACCGGCCUCAUCCGGAGGAGCGUAGGCGCGCCCCAAGAGGUCCGAGAUCUCAGAGCCGCAGCAGUGGGAGUGCCUGA